CCGACACGUUGCUGACGUCAGCGGGAAGUGGGCGUGAAUGAGCGUGUGUACUUCAGGAGCUUGGGAGCCAGUCGGCUGUUGCAGGAGUUGCCCUUCAACUCGUGUUAUACGAGGAAUUAGCAGAGUAUGGCAAAAGUGAAUUUGACCGCGUUAUAAAAACCUCGGUGUACGUUGCAACCCCUGCUCGAAACGGACACAGCAAUGGCGGUGGAGCGGUGCGAUGUUUCUCCCAAGGAUCGAUGCCUUAAUGAGUCACUGGAGGAGGAAAUUCUCGCCUUCCUUAUGGAUGACGAAGCCCAGCUGCGCACGUGUGACGAUCUCACCAAAGUCAACCCUGUGACGCCGACAACGGUGCUGAGAUGCCUGCAGGCCAGGUACAGCGUAAAGGUAUUUUACACCCAUGCCGGCUGCACCUUGGUGGCCCUUAACCCCUUCCAACCCGUUCCUGACCUUUACACCCCGGAUGUGAUGAAAGAGUACCAUCGUGCUCCACAGCUCAAGGAUCCGAAGCCACAUCUCUUUAUCGUGGCAGAGGAAGCUUACAGGAGUGUUCAGGGUCAGCUGGUGCCAGUGGACCAGUCUUUGGUGGUCAGCGGGGAGAGCGGUGCAGGAAAGACGUGGACUUCCCGUUGCCUGAUGAAAUACUAUGCCACAGUGGCGGCAGCGUCCUCCUCAGUGGUGCAGAGUCAGGACGCUGUGGAGAGGAUAGAGAGGAGAGUGCUGGACUCCAAUCCCAUUAUGGAAGCUUUUGGCAAUGCGUGCACGCUCCGCAACGGCAACAGCAGUCGCUUUGGAAAAUACAUCCAGCUCCAGCUUGACGGGUGUCAGCUGCUUGUAGGGGCGUCUGUGCAGACAUAUUUACUGGAGAAGACGAGAGUGGCCUACCAACCUGCUAAUGAAAGGAACUUUCACAUCUUUUACCAGAUGAUGAAAGCAGCCACCUUUGAACAGCGGAAGGAGUGGAAUAUGCCACACGGUCACCCCUUUGCGUGGCUGCCAAAUGUGGACAAAACAAUGGAGGAGGACUGUUUUCAAGAGACCGUUGAUGCUAUGGUUCACCUGCGAAUGAAUGCAGAGAGGCAGAGACAGAUAUUUCGGAUACUAGCAGGCAUUCUGCAUUUGGGGAAUGUGAAAUUCUCAAUUUCAACAGAUGAAUCCCAGCUAUGUGACAUUAAGGAACAGUCCAAAGACUCCUUGCAGGGGGCCGCCGAACUGUUGCAAAUCCCCGCUGAGGCGCUUCGGACCUGUCUACGUGUGAGGACAUUAAAAGCCGGGAGACAGAGCGUGCGCAAGCCCUGUUCCCAGGUCGAGUGCCGCACGCGGAGAGACUGCCUCGCCAAAGUCGUCUACGCCCGAUUAUUUGAAUGGCUGGUGACGUUUAUCAACGGCAGCAUUUGUGCUGACAAAUCCGCUUGGCGCAACUUCAUCGGUGUUCUCGAUGUGUACGGCUUUGAAUGUUUCCAAAGUAACAGUUUGGAGCAGCUUUGUAUCAACUACGCCAAUGAAAAACUCCAGCAGCACUUCGUUAGCCAUUAUCUACGAGCUCGGCAGGAGGAAUAUGUGUCAGAGGGAUUGCAGUGGUCCUUUGUCAAAUACAAAGAUAACCGGAGCUGUUUGGAUCUCCUUGAAGGAAGCCCGAUUAGCGUGUUUUCUCUUCUUGAUGAGGAGAGCCGUCUCAAUCGAGCCUCGGAUGCCGAGGCGCUUAGGGUUCGUCUGGAGAAGGAGCUCGGCGACAACGGCAACAUCGGCUGGGAUAAAUUCAGUAAGGUGCCGCACUUCAGUGUGGCACAUUACGCCGGCAAAGUCGACUACAACUUACAAGGCGUCGUGGAGAAGAACAAGGACCCGGUGGCACCUGAGAUCGUCGGCCCGCUUCAGAUGUCAGAUAAUCCCCUGCUUCGGCAAAUCUUCAAAGACAAGGAGACUGCGAACUUGUCAAGCAAGGGGCUCAACAAAGUCACUGUAGUCUCAAAGUUCAAGAACUCCCUUGAGAGCUUGAUGAGCAUCCUCCACACCACAACUCCUCGCUACACUCGCUGCAUUAAACCCAAUUCUGACUGCAAGCCGUUCAUCUUCCAAAAGGAGGAGGUGAUAAUGCAGUUGGAGGCCUGCGGGAUUGUAGAGACGAUCCAUAUAAGCGCUGCUGGCUUUCCUAUAAGAAUUCCAUUCAAGGCUUUCGUACAACGCUAUGGAUCGAUACUGCAAAACUCAAGUUUCAUGUCAGGAGCUCCAGAUCCCGUAAAGGCCGGCAGCGGCAACGAAAUGGAUCUGCAGAGGCUACUCGACGCGGUGUUCCAACUCUCCGCACAUAUUGGAAGGGAACCCAAAUCUUUGGUGCAUUGUGGGCAGACCAAAGUUUUUCUCACCCAGUCAAUGUUUGACUUGCUGGAAGAUCACAGGAAGAGUAUCCUCUCAAAGUGUGCUUUCUGCAUUCAGCGCUGCUGGAUGCGCUACCGACGGCGCAAACGUCACGAGCGCCGGCAUUCCGCUGCUCUAAUCCAAGCAGCGGUCCGUUCUUGGCUGGUCAGGAGGCGCGUGCAGAAAUGGGGCAGAGCUGCAGCACUUAUCCAGAAAUGCUGGAGGAAGUGGAGGGCAACGUUGAAGUCGUUAGCCGAGGCAGAGCUCGACGAUGCAGAAGACCUCACUCGGCAAGACGUGCCGGGAUUGAACGCCGUCAUCGGGGAACGGGGCUCGGUGCUGCUCUCCGGCAUCCAGGAGCCCGUCACGGCGCGAGGGUGGCCCGCGGGGCUGGCUUUGCCCUCGGCCCCAUCCAUCACGUUGUCCAUGAGGGCCACGGGCUUUCACAAGAUGAUGUCUGUGGUGGCCUCCCUUAAAGUGCCCUCCAGGAGAGGAGAGUACAAGGUGGAGACCAACCAGAACACGCAGGGAAUCACCUCUAUUCGAGCUCAACCCAAGGGAUCUGUCAAACUUCACUGCAAGCGCUCGCCCCUUCUCUAUGCAAACAGGCAACCAGAGAUGAGGAAUUAUGUGACUGGCUUCAAUGAACUCCUGCUGGAGAAGGCGCAAUAGUUCCUACUUCCAUGAACAACUUUUCUGCAAAAGCAGAAAAGUUGUUCACUUUUGUCACGUCACCGUUCAGCAUAAGGUGACUUUGAAUGUCAAGUGUAAAAAGAUGUGCGAUACAUAAUUGGCCAGAUCAUUUCAGGCUGAACCUAAAAUUCACCUAAAGAACCUAAAAUUCACUUAAUUGGACUUUCUCUUAACUUGUGAAUGCAUAUGGUUGCCCUGCAAGCACCCCACCUCCUCCCCAAAGUCAGCUGGGAUAGGCGCCAUAAUGAAGACGAACGCUAUUCAAAAUGGAUGGAUGCAUGUUGCUACUUCAGGAAAAUAACUUUUGUUUUCUCACUGCUGCCUUCCAUUGAAUGUUGCUGAUCACGGUGUUGUAACUUAGUUAAAAAAAAAAAAAAAAAAAUUCAACAAAAACAGUAUUUGUAUCACUAAUCGGCUAUUUUGAGUUGUUUUGAAUGAUUUACUGUAUAAUGAAAAAACAUUCCCUCACACACACGAACAUAAUGUCAACACAUCAUUUUGCUUGUAUGUUGCAGAAGCAAAGUAGGAUAUGCAUCUUUGCACAACUGAUGCAGACAUUGCACACCAAAGCAACAUUUGUGCAGACUGCUGCUUUAAUAUAUUCACGAGAGGAAUAUUUGGAACUUUUUGUCCAUUUGUCCACAUUUUUAAAUGUGGUAUGUUCAUACUAAAACAUGCAUGCUUUAUAGAAAAUCUGAAUUCUGUGUUCAUGGGACAAAAUGCACCAAAACUGAAUUCCAGUAUUGAAUUGGUUGAAUUGUAAAAAAAAACCCAAAAAAAAACAUCUGUCACAUACGACAUGAAUGCAUAAGAGCGGCUUCCUCCGAGAUCAUUUUUAUAUUUUUAGAAAAGCUAUUCUCGAAGUAAAUACAGCAGGUUUACCAGUCCGUAACCUCGCUGAACUCCCGCGCUUGAGCGUCUUUUUCUACGACCUUCAAACAUCGAUCUGAAAACUCCACAAAUAAGGGCUCCUGCAUAGCUGCCUUCAUUGCUUCUCCCUUGCUGUCUGCACUGUCAAUGGUCCUUAGUAGUUCUCUCAGGUGGGGAUUACAAAGAAGAUCCUUGAGCUCUUUUGACUGACCUGUGGAAUUAUACAUCGGAGACAAUUAAUGAAUCACAUCUGACUACCGGAAUAUAAAAUCUCCGAAACACUCAUGUGUAAUGAAUGGGGCCUGGUGGCGUGUGAUGUCGGCCAGUUUGCAUGCGAGUGCCUGGGGCGAGCUGUGGCAGACCGCAGCUUCUGCGUGUGUGCUUAUUGUGUUGUACUGUUCUCCUGGUGUUCAAUAAAUGGAUGAGAAGUGCAUCAGUGA